AUGAUGACGUGCCGUCUGCUGUGCGCCCUGUUGUUGCUUGCCCUGUGCUGCUGUCCGUCCGUGUGCGCGUCAGGGGAUACACCGGAAGUUGAUGUUGAAUCUUCUUCCCAGACGAACACGACGACCACAACCCCGGCAUCAACCCCGACAUCUGCACAGAAAGGUAAUGUGGGUGUCGUUCCACUGCCUUCACCACCAGAUCCAUCACAGGGGACCGCCGGUCAGCCAGGGCCGUCAAGUUUGGGGUCAGUUGCAACGCCGGGAAAUGGUGGCGAAGAGGGAACAGGAUCUACCAGUACGGCAGGACUGGGACCAAAAGUAAAUACAAAGCCAAAUAAAUCACUGACAGAGGUUACGAAAGAGCAACCAAGUCGCAGCGAAACAUCCGCAGAAGAAAAAAAUAAGGAGUCUGAAGCCCCUGCUCAGACAACCACUACGACCACCACAACAAAUGCACCAACUACGACGACCACCACUACAACACAGGCACCAAGUAAUACGACUACAGAGGCGCCAGCUGUGUCGACCACCCGCGCACCGUCACGUCUUCGCGAAAUCGACGGCAGCCUCAGCAGCUCUGCGUGGGUGUGUGCCCCGCUGCUGCUCGCCGCAUCUGCGCUGGCGUACACCGCUCUGGGCUGA